AUGCUCGCGGCUUCCAGCUUUCAGGACGCGUGGACGUGGGCGGGACCCCGGGAGCGGAAGGAGCCUCCGCUGCCACAACGCCCGGAAAUAGAGCGCAUCCUCCGCGCUGGACCACAAGUCCCAGAGGGCAACGCGCGCGACCGCAACUUCCGGUUCCGGCGGCGCACGCGCACGCGCUCGCGCCGGCGGCGACCGGGUGGCCUGGUGGGCCGGGCGGGCGCCGGGCCUGAGCUCUCCGUCUCUUGUCUCUUGCAGGCCGCCUUCCUCCUCCGCUCCGCGUCCCGGCUGCCGGCGCCCCUGCCCGCCGUGCUGAGCGGCUGCUGCGGGCGCGGUGCGUGGCGGCGGCUGGGAGGCCGGGCUGCAGCUGCCCCCGCCGCCCCCGCCACCCUCGCCCCUGCUGCCCCCGCCGCCCACACCUCCGACCCCGCCGCCCCCGCCGCCCCCCGCUUCCUGCCGCUGUACCGCCUGGACGCCAUCAGGGUGGCGGGCUGCCUGUCGCGGCUCAAGGUGGCGCAGACGGGCCUGACGCUGGCGGCGCUGCCCCCCAGCCUGUACUGGCACUCGCAGGGCCUGCUGCCCCUGGGCUCGCUGUGCCUGGCGGGCGGCGUGGCCGCCUUCGCCCUCGCCAUGCUGUGCUGGACGAGCCACUUCUCCCGGCGGCUGGUGGGCGUGCUGUACCUGGACGAGGCGGGCGGCACGCUGCGGGUGGCGCACCUGACCUUCUGGGGCCGGCGGCAGGACACGGACUGGCCCGCGGCCGACGUGGUGCCGCUGUCGGAGACGGCCGACCGGCCCCGGGACCUGUUCGUGCGCCUCCGGCGCUACGGCGGCGGGGAGACCUUCUACCUGGCGCUGCGGCACGGCCGCGUGCUGGACCCGCGGCGCUUCAGCCAGGUGUUCGGGACGCCGGACCGGCGCGGGUGAUGGGGGACGGGGCCGGGGUCGCCGAGAGCCAGCCUCAGGGGGA